AAUAUAUAUAAAUAUAUAUUCGAGAAAUCGGGAGUGAAACGAAAACGCCGUGAACAAAUAUCACUCGAAGAAAUUGCAGUGCAAUCAAUAGUACUUUGUCCCUUAUAUUUUUUUUUGUUCGUUUUUUUUUUUGCAUUUUUUUGUUGCCGCUUUUGAAAGAUGAAAGACGGCAACAGCAGUCAUGGUAAUCGUGAGUGAGACAAAGGAAAGUGGCAGGCAGUCGCGUUCAGUUUGAAGCCGCCACACCACAAAACAACAAAAAAAAAUAAUAAUAAAAACUAAAUAAUCAGCAACAACAACUGGAAAACAGCAGCUACUGGAACCAGAGCAGCGGCCACUAAAAAUAACAACAAAAAAACCGGAGUUCUGUUCAUAUUUCUGUCAAAAUAUGGGCCAAGAGAUAUCGCAGCAGCAAAAUCAGCCACACCAACAACACCAGCAGCACCAACAACAACAACAACCCCCCCACCACAAACUCAGGCAGCCGCAGCGAAAGAGCUUCAGCGGCAUUAGCAACACCAAUCAGCCGAUCUACACGCCCACCAGUCACCUGUCCACCACCAGCAGCUCCUCCACCACCACCAACGACUACAGCAGCCCCAAAAAUAAUAAUAUAAAUAACAAUAAUAAUAAUAGCAACAACCAGAACUACCGAUUGCGUCACAAGUACAAUUUGAGCAAGCAAACCUACGAGAGGAGCAAAAUAGCAGUGAGUCAAUCGGACACCGAUUCCCAUUACGCCAAGCUAAAUCUGCAGAGGAGCAGCUCGCAGAGCUCGGACAGCGGGAUAUACAACUCGUCGUGCCACUGCAGCUCCAUAUCCUCGAUAUCGGUGGUCAGCAGCAGUGCCAGCAGCAGUCGGAGCAGCAGCAGCUCCAGCCGAGGCUGCCCCAGCUCCCUGGUCUCCAGCAAGUCGAAUCGGUCGCUGGACAAGCAGAAGCACUACCUGAGCCACCACCUGUACAUCAAGUCCUAUCUGGAUAUCUUGGAGGAGGACGAGCGGGCCAGGGCGCACUUCAAAUCCGCUCGUCCCGGCGGCAUUCGCAACUAUACACCCAAGAUCUUGGCCAGCGGCGAGUCGAGUUUGUCGGGGAAUUGUAGUUCCAAUACCAACACCGCUUCCUCUUCGGCUGCCUUGUCAUCGAGUGCUCCGGCCCAUUGUUACGGACCGGGAAAAAGGUCAAGCGGAGCAGGAUCAGCAGGAUCAGCAGGAGGAGCAACUGGAACUACGGGCAAUCGAAACAGUCAGGAGGAUCCCGUCGAUCCCGAGAACAAGGUCCAGGAGCCAACCGUCAUACGUCGUCAGUAUGAUUUCGUGGUGAUUGGCGGCGGAUCCGCGGGCGCUGUGGUGGCCAAUCGCCUGAGUGAGGUGCGCAACUGGACGGUGCUGCUCCUGGAGGCGGGCGGCGAUGAGACGGAGAUCUCGGACGUGCCCGCCCUGGCGGGAUAUCUGCAGCUGACGGAGCUGGACUGGAAGUACCAGACGACGCCCUCGUCCACGCGCCAAUACUGCCAGGCGAUGAAGGGCGACCGGUGCUUUUGGCCGCGGGGUAAAGUCCUCGGCGGCAGCUCCGUCUUGAAUGCAAUGGUCUAUGUUCGUGGCUCGAAGAACGACUACAACCACUGGGCCUCGCUGGGUAAUCCCGGCUGGGAUUACGACAGCAUGCUCAAGUACUUCCUCAAGUCGGAGGACGUUCGCAAUCCCUACCUGGCCAAGACGCCGUACCACGAGACGGGCGGCUAUCUGACCGUCCAGGAGGCUCCCUGGCGAACGCCCCUCUCGAUAGCCUUCCUGCAGGCGGGCAUGGAGAUGGGCUACGAGAAUCGGGACAUAAAUGGGGCCCAGCAGACGGGCUUUAUGCUGACGCAGAGUACGAUUCGCAGGGGUGCCCGUUGCUCCACGGGCAAGGCCUUUAUCCGCCCGGUGCGACAGCGUCAGAAUUUCGAUGUCCUGCUGCAUGCAGAGGCCACCAGGAUCCUGUUCGACAAGGAGAAGCGGGCCAUCGGAGUGGAGUAUAUGCGGGGAGGCCGCAAGAACUUGGUUUUCGUGCGUCGCGAGGUGAUCGCAAGUGCCGGGGCCCUGAAUACACCCAAGCUAUUAAUGCUUUCGGGCAUUGGACCGUCGGAACAUCUGCAGGAGCACAACAUACCGGUUAUAUCCGAUUUGCCCGUAGGCAAUAACAUGCAGGAUCACGUGGGUCUGGGUGGCCUCACCUUUGUGGUCGAUGCCCCGCUGACCGUGACCCGAAAUCGCUUCCAAACCAUCCCCGUUUCCAUGGAGUACAUACUCAGGGAACGCGGUCCCAUGACCUUUUCGGGUGUGGAGGGCGUGGCGUUUCUGAACACCAAGUACCAGGAUCCCUCGGUGGACUGGCCGGAUGUGCAGUUUCAUUUCUGCCCCAGUUCGAUUAACUCGGAUGGCGGCGAGCAGAUAAGAAAGAUACUGAAUCUGCGGGAUGGCUUUUACAAUACGGUUUAUAAACCACUGCAGCACAGUGAAACCUGGUCGAUAUUGCCCCUGCUGCUGCGACCCAAGAGCACCGGCUGGGUGCGCCUCAACUCGAGGAACCCACAGCAGCAGCCCAAGAUCAUACCGAACUACUUUGCCCACCAGGAGGACAUCGAUGUGCUGGUCGAGGGCAUCAAGUUGGCCAUCAAUGUCUCGAAUACCCAGGCCUUCCAGCGAUUUGGCUCGCGGCUGCACAACAUUCCGCUGCCGGGCUGCCGGCAUUUGCCCUUUCAGUCGAAUGAGUACUGGGCCUGCUGCAUCAAGGAGUUCACCUUCACGAUCUACCAUCCCGCCGGCACAUGUCGCAUGGGUCCCAGCUGGGAUGUCACGGCCGUCGUGGACCCGAGACUGAGGGUCUACGGGGUGUCCGGCGUUCGGGUGGUGGAUGCCAGCAUUAUGCCAACGAUUGUCAACGGGAAUCCUAAUGCCCCGGUCAUCGCCAUCGGCGAAAAGGCCUCCGAUCUGAUCAAAGAGGAUUGGGGCGCCCGCAGGGCGAACACUUCAUCGUAGUUCUUAGAUUGUCUAUCGCUAAUUUAUGUUUUCAACUAGUCAAAUGUGGAUUAACUGAUGUAAUUGUAUCGCUAUGUGCUUUUUUGUUUUAUCAACUUCCUCGUUUCGUUCGCCGCUAAAUUUAUGCUUAGUUAUUCGGUUAAGUUAAGUAUACGAAUUCCCACAUACCAUUACUUUUUUUUUUUUUAUCUUAUCAAGCAUUUUAUUAAAUAUUUAUGUAUUUAUGAAACAGU